CCUGAAGUUGUUCCGCGCUGGGCGGGCGGCGAGCGGGCGGCGGGCCGGCGGGCGUACAGGGCCGGGGCUGGAGAAGUUUGCACCGUGGCUGUGAGCGCAGUGUGCGGGCCCCGCCGGCCGCUGCGCGCCCGCUGCCAUGGCUUUCCGCAGGAGGACGAAAAGUUACCCGCUCUUCAGCCAGGAGUUCGUCAUUCACAACCAUGCGGACAUCGGCUUCUGCCUGGUGCUCUGCGUCCUCAUCGGGCUUAUGUUCGAGGUCACAGCCAAGACUGCCUUCCUAUUUAUUUUACCUCAGUAUAACAUUAGCAUGUCUACAGCAGACAGCGAGACAGUACACUACCACUAUGGGCCGAAAGACCUGGUCACCAUCUUAUUCUACAUCUUCAUCACCAUCAUCUUGCAUGCUGUGGUUCAGGAGUAUAUUUUAGAUAAAAUCAGCAAAAGACUUCAUCUCUCCAAGGUCAAGCACAGCAAGUUCAAUGAAUCUGGACAACUCUUAGUCUUUCAUCUCAGCUCUGUGAUAUGGUGCUUCUACGUGGUGGUAACGGAAGGCUACUUAACAAACCCAAGGAGCCUCUGGGAGGACUACCCGCAUGUGUAUCUCCCUUUCCAGGUAAAGUUUUUCUACCUAUGCCAGCUGGCGUACUGGCUGCAUGCACUUCCAGAGUUGUACUUCCAGAAGGUCCGAAAGGAGGAAAUUCCUCGUCAGCUCCAGUACAUCUGUCUGUACCUGGUCCACAUAGCCGGAGCUUACCUCUUAAACCUGAGCCGCCUGGGCCUCAUCUUGCUGCUGCUGCAGUAUUCAACGGAGUUCCUCUUCCACAUGGCUCGGCUCUUCUACUUCGCAGAUGAAAACAAUGAGAAGCUGUUUAAUGCUUGGGUUGCUGUGUUCGCGAUCACCCGCUUCUUCAUCCUCACCCUUGCUGUGCUGGCUAUCGGCUUUGGACUGGCCCGCACAGAAAACCAGGCAUUUGACCCUGAGAAAGGCAACUUCAACACCUUGCUUUGCAGGCUGUGUGUGCUGCUGCUGGUGUGUGCUGCCCAGGCCUGGCUCAUGUGGCGCUUCAUCCACUCCCAGCUGAGGCACUGGCGGGAAUACUGGAAUGAACAGAGUGCCAAGCGGAGAGUCACAGCUGCCCCCAGACUACCAGCCAGACUCCUCAAGAGGGAAUCUGGUUACCAUGAAAAUGGAGUGGUGAAAGCAGAAAACGGAACCUCCCCACGGACUAAGAAACUCAAGUCUCCUUAAGGCCAAAGUGCUUUGAACAGGACUACCCACUGAGGAAGACCUGAAGGAGGGCUGGAGCCCCCUCACUGCCUCCUCCCUCCUGCUUAUGAGGCUCCAUCAGACAGACGCCUGUCUCUCAACAGGGCUUCUCUCUCACUCCUUUGCUUUCUCUUCUUUAUUCUUCCAUAAACCAUUUUCAAUAAAACCAAAAACUCUUCCUCUUUCUCUUCCUCAA